UUAAUAACACCACUUUAUUUUCUUGAUGAGUAGGGACAGAUGCCUAACCUGAUUUCGUGUUUUUCCAGGGUUAAACUGGACAAGUGAGGAAAGUCGCCGAAUGAUGCGUAACGUUACUUAGAUUUGAUAACGGUUUGGAGCUGCCGUAGUUCUGAACUGUUGUAGAGGUAACGUUAAUUAAAUUGGUUUAAAUUUCUCUGGAAUGCAGGCCUCCAAAGAUGGAUGCUGUCAGCUGGCUGCUACUGUUUUACUCUCUACCAUGCUGGGGUCAGGAAGGGCUUCACCCUGGGGACCAGGGAGCAUUCCAGCCUCAGAGUGCUUUGACUGAAAUGGAGUUCGCCUCAGUCAGCUCUUACCGAGGCCCUGGCAACCAUGAUUUCCGGGGCAACAAAGAGUUGCCAAUCAUCCUUUGGUGGAGUGCUGGCCUCUUCCCUCACUUCCCUGCUGACACCGAGCGCAUCGACUGCAACUACUCCUCCUGCCUGGUCACACGCAACCGUAAGGUGCAGCUGUACAAGCGCACCGCGGCCAUCAUCUUCUACGGCACAGACUUCAGGGCCUACGAGGCACCCUUGCCCCGCCUGCCCCACCAGACAUGGGCGCUGUUCCACGAGGAGUCACCCAUGAACAACUAUGUGCUCUCCCAUGGGCCUGGCAUCAGACUCUUCAACUACACGGCCACGUUCAGGCGUGAGUCCGACUACCCCCUCACCCUGCAGUGGCUGCCCUCCCUGGAGUACCUGCUGCAGCCCCUGGCCGUGUCCCUGCAGGAGAAGAACCGCUGGAGACGGGCCGGCCUGGCGCCGGUGCUGUACAUGCAGUCCCACUGUGACGUGCCGUCCGACCGGGACCGUUAUGUCCAGGAGCUCAUGAAGUACAUCGAGAUUGAUUCCUAUGGAAAGUGCCUGAACAACAAACCAUUGCCAGAGCGUCUGGACGACACUAGCACAGCCACGGGUGAGGACGGCGAGUUCAUGAGCUUUGUGGCACGCUACAAGUUCCACCUGGCGAUGGAGAACGGCCUGUGCUCCGACUACAUGACUGAGAAGCUGUGGCGCCCACUGCACCAGGGCUGUGUACCCAUCUAUCGAGGGUCCUCCUCCGUGGCCGAUUGGCUACCCAACCCACACUCUGCCAUCAUUGUCGAUGAUUUCUCAAGCCCGCGCAAGCUUGCAGAAUUCAUUAUGGCCCUAGACAGCGACGACACGGAGUACUCGCGCUACUUGGAGUUCAAGACUCCCAGUAAGAUUACCAACUUGCGUCUGCUGGAAGGCCUGGAGAGUCGGGAGUGGGGUGUCAACGACAUGAGUAAACCCAACUACCUCAAUGGCUUUGAGUGUUACGUCUGUGACCAGGAGAACAGACGGCUGGCGGCUGAGAGGACCCAUUUGCGAAACCCGGACCUUCACCCACAUCCCCCGCCAAAGAUGGCAAACAACUCCCACAUGGGAUGCUCGCUGCCGCGUCCUGGCUAUGGUGAAGUUGAGGAUAUUCCUCCAAAUGACGGCUGGCUCCAGAUGUGGCCCCAAGAUUACUGGCAGAGCUUGGACCAGGCGGAGGGUCUGGACUCUCUCAUCAGACUGAAUGAGUCUGACCCCGCACUGCUGUGGAAUCACAUACAGAAGAUAGCAACGAGGAGAGCUAGAGGUCACUGAGACACUCUGAACUGUGGCAUGAUGCUCCGACAACGUUUGUCCCACCUGAUGUGACCCUGGAGAUGAGGCCUACACAUCUUUGGACCCUCUUUGAGGCUAAAAGUGACCGAUGGGCGUUCUUUUACACGCAGUCCACAGGAAACUUUUAUUUAAGUGGUGCAACAUUUUAAAACACUAUGAAAGUGGCAAUCAUGUAUAGAUUCAUAUCCAAAGAUAAUCCUGUAAAGCAAAGCACAGCCACCAAACUCUUGUUUCUCAGGACGUGGUUAUUUAUUUCUAUGGGACAGAUAUACACAAAUAUCUUUUCAUUUUAUGACUUUUAUCGAGUGGAAAUUCAAACCACAGACUUCACCAAAUUUGUACUGUGUAGUUAAUUGUAAAAUGCACAGAUUUUAUUGUUGUCCGUAAAAUUGUACAGACGGUGUCAGUAGGCGCUGUAAUGUUUAUACACAUUUUUAUUAUCA